AUGGACAUCUACGACGACUGUAUCACGCACUCGGACAGUUGGGGUGCGCAUGGGCUCGAUGACCAGAGACUCCAGCGGGUUGCCCAGGUGCAAGAAUACCUGGAGCAGGGUCUGCUUACACCUGACAAAAUCUUGCAGCGCUUAACCGACGCGCUGGCCCCGACACUUACUGGGAACAGCAUAAUAUCGGGCAUUAGCCUGGGUGGCAUCCGUAGACGAUUCGAGGAAUUGAAGGACCGUCAGACCGAGGGCGUCACAAAGCACAGCUUCAUCGCAGGCCUCUCUCCCUCCUCUUCUUCAGCAGCAGCGACUCCUGCUCUCGGGGCCCUGUUCGACCUCGUGUACUGGCACGCCUCGUUCCCAUUCAGCGCUGCUCGCACCACCGACGCCACCGUCGAUGAGCCGGGUCUAGUACGCGCCGCCGCCCUCCUAUCUCCCAGAGAGGCGGGCCCGCGAUGGACGCUCGCCCGCCACGCCAGCUUCAACGUCCGCUCGGGCGCCUGGGGCCCAUACGCGGAGGGCUGGGUCGUGACUGCUCGACACGCGGGGGCCGAGGACUGGCGCCGUCGCGUGUUCCGAGCCCUCGCUACCCCGACCACUACCGCCGCGGCGGCCGGCGAAACGACAACCACAACUACCAUCCCGGUCCCUCGCUUCUUCAUGUUCCGGGCCCGAAACGGCGGUGAUGACGGCAGCGGUGACGAGAACGACGAAGGGCAGCAGGUCGCGGUCGUGCACGACGAGGACGAGCGAACCGUCGACCUCCUCGACGUCCUUGCCCUGACCACGCCCAACGACGUGCCAAAGAGCGGCCCGCCGCUCCGGGAGAGCUUCGACGGGUUAAUGGGGGACCUGCUGGCCAACACGCAGCGACAGCAGCUGUCCGAGCUGGUGGUGCCCAAGAAGACUUUGGGAAGCCUCCUCUCUCUGCUUCUGGGCACUCCAGGGGCGGACUGGGAGACUGCGCCGCCCUCGGCAGACAGCCCACAUGGUGCCCUGGUGCAGGAGCUCUUGUCACCUGGGGACGGGGAGGCGCUGGGAUUCAGGCAGUUUGACGAGCUGGUGCAAGACAAAUAAGGUGCUCAAGCUGGACUUCAGCUCAAUACGCGGACACCCCCAUCGACAAGCACGCAAGCAAGGUUUGGCUACAGCUCGGCAUAGCCUACAUAUACAUAUUUCCCCUUUCUAGGCUUCUCGAUGCCGGAGAGAGCAGCACUAAAUCCCCAGUCUACGAGCUUGCCCGAUCGCCCGGGCGCCCUGUUCCUGUAAAUUGCA